CUCAUCACAUAGGUCUGAGAAUGUGUCACCAUCCUGGAUACCCAAUGCUGAUGUUGGCGAGUUUCUGUUUGUAUAUGCUGUUCACUGUCGGCGUCUGCAAAAAACGAAGUGAACCAACAAUAUGCAAAGAUUCCCCGGAAUUCUCAGUUGACGAAACCAUGAACCUCCUGCUCCAACCACCCAAACACUCCAUGCCCUUCAAUAGAACAGACACCGAGAAAACUACCUCCACCCAGGAAGAUUCAAGGUGUCCAGGUAACGGUUUCGGCGGUACCCCUCCGCUGAGCACGUGCCCGCACUAUACCGUCUUGAACUAUGACCCUAACCGAAUCCCUCAGCUGGUGUUCGAGGCUAGAUGUCGCUGCAAAACAUGUCUAACCGAGACGGGCAGUUCUAAGGGUCAAUGCAAGCCUGUGUAUUACUAUAGGCACGUUCUUCAAAAAGACACCAAUAAGGCAAAAGAAUGUUAUUUUCGAAAAGUGAAAGCCUUCAGCGUGGGAUGUCAUUGUAUUGGUUACAACGUACAACCAGACUCUCCGAAAACACCCCGGUGAUGCGAUCAUGUCUGUAGACUAAGAUGAUAUCAUUAUUUCCAACUUUCACUUUGUAUGGUGCUGAACUCCAAAUGAACUGCAAUCAUUUGUAAUAUUUUAUUGAAAAUCCUUACGAACUUUUAAAUCAUGUGUAUAAUGUGAUAUUAAGUUAUUGUGAUACUGAUAGUCUUGGUUGACUGAUUCUGAUUGUCUUGGUUGACUGAUACUGAUUGUCUUGGUUGACUGAUACCGAUAGUCUUGGUUGACUGAUACUGAUUGUAUUGGUUGACUGAUACUGAUUGUAUUGGUUGA